AUGCAGAUCUUUGUGAAAACCCUUACCGGCAAGACUAUCACCCUUGAGGUGGAGUCAAGCGACACCAUCGACAAUGUCAAAGCAAAGAUUCAGGACAAAGAAGGGAUUCCUCCGGAUCAGCAGAGGUUGAUCUUUGCCGGAAAGCAGUUGGAGGAUGGCCGUACCCUUGCUGACUAUAACAUCCAGAAAGAGUCAACAUUGCAUCUUGUUUUGAGGCUUCGUGGUGGAAUUAUUGAGCCAUCUUUGAUGGCAUUGGCCAGGAAAUACAACCAGGAUAAGACUAUCUGCCGCAAGUGCUACGCACGUCUGCACCCUCGUGCUGUCAACUGCAGGAAAAAGAAGUGUGGACACAGCAACCAGUUGAGGCCCAAGAAGAAGAUCAAGUAG